UAGAUUGAGAGACAUGACAGCUGUGCCUACGACUACCUGGAGGUGCGUGACGGCCCGGCUGAAUCCAGCCCUCUGAUUGGUCGAUUCUGCGGGUACGACAGACCAGAAGACAUCCGCUCCACCUCACACACCCUCUGGAUGAAGUUCGUCUCCGACGGAACCGUCAACAAGGCCGGAUUCGCUGCCAACUUCUUCAAAGAGGAGGAUGAGUGUUCUAAGCCAGAUAACGGAGGCUGUGAACAGAGGUGUGUCAAUACGCUGGGCAGCUUCAAGUGUGCCUGCGACCCCGGGUACGAGCUGGCCCUGGACAAAAAGAGCUGCGAAGCUGCGUGUGGAGGUCUUCUGUCUAAGCUGAACGGAACCAUCUCUACUCCCGGCUGGCCCAAGGAGUACCCCCCUAAUAAGAACUGUGUGUGGCAGGUAGUUGCUCCAACCCAGUACAGAAUAUCAAUGCAGUUUGAAUCCUUCGAGCUGGAGGGCAACGAGGUGUGUAAGUAUGACUUUGUGGAGGUGCGUAGCGGCCUGUCGUCAGACAGUAAGCUGCACGGAAAAUACUGCGGUACGGAGGUUCCCGAGGUCAUCACAUCUCAGUACAACAACAUGAGAAUAGAGUUCAAGGCUGACAACACCGUGUCCAAGAAGGGCUUCAAGGCUCACUUCUUCUCUGAUAAGGAUGAAUGCAGUAAGGAUAAUGGUGGCUGCCAACAUGACUGUAUAAACACGGUGGGAUCGUACGUAUGCCAGUGUCGACACGGAUUCACACUACAUGAGAACAAACAUGACUGUAAAGAAGCUGAGUGUAAGCAUAAGGUCCACAGCCCCACCGGGACCAUGAACAGCCCCAACUGGCCUGAUAAAUAUCCCAGUAGGAAGGAAUGUACCUGGGACAUCACCACUACACCUGGACACAGAGUCAGACUGGUGAGGAACACACACACCUGGUCACAGAGUCAGA